CAGUUUUCUUUGUUGACAAUAAUUAUUCCGACAGCCAGCGAAUGCAGCUUUUGGUUUAGGUUACACCUCAAACGCUUUACAAGAUGCUAAGGCAAAAUACGCUCCUUAGGUGACAAUGUAAAGAACAGCUCGUCCUGAAAAACAGCGUAUUACGCAGCUGGUUCACAAUGGAUGAAGAAGGCAGUUGGCAGACAUGUCAUCUCUUGGACCUGCCUUGGGAGGAUGUUCUCGUUCCACACAUUUUGUCCUACUUGCCGUUGCAGCACAUUGUCAGCCUGCAGAGGGUUAGCAAGCAGUUCCACAGCCUCGUCCAGGUGUAUCUGGCCAACUGCAGGACUUUUAAUUUUUCCACCAUUGGACCGUGCAUCCCCAAGGAAGCAUUUUGCACAAUGUUAAAAGACAAUAAAGUUCUCCAGAACCUGUCCCUUCAAAACUGUUCAGACUGGGUCACAGACAAGGAGUUGCUUCCUGUUAUCGGCCAGAACCAGCAUCUGCACAGGGUAGACAUGAGUGGCUGUGCCUCCCUCACCCGCCACUCCUUAGUGGCCGUGUCCUUGAGCUGCACGCAUCUCCAGCAUCUCGGCCUGGCUCACUGCGACUGGGUGGACUGCCUGUCUCUGCGCAGCCUGGCUGACCACUGUGGAGGGCUCCGGUCGAUCGAUCUCACCGCCUGCCGCCAGCUGAAGGAUGACGCCAUCUGCUACCUGGCCAAAAAGUGUGCUGAGCUGAAGUCGCUGUCGUUGGCGGUCAAUGCCAACAUUACAGACGAGUCGGUGGAAGAGGUGGCCAAGAACUGCAGGGGUCUGGAACAGCUGGAUCUGACAGGUUGUCUGCGAGUCCGGAACCAGUCCAUCAGAACUCUUGCAGAGUAUUGCCCAAAGCUGCAGUCCCUGAGGGUGAAUCACUGUCACAACGUGACCGAGUCGAGCCUCGACCCUCUCCGGAAGCGCAACGUAGUGAUCGAUGUAGAGCCGCCUUUACCGCGGGCCCUGGUGCUUCUUCAGGAUAUGCUGGGUUUCGCUCCUUUUAUCAAUCUGCAGAUCUAGCCACAGGGAGAAACUCAAGAACGAGUUCGCAAAGUGAGGCGACUGGCAGCUGUCACUUGAACCCAUAUCACGUGAUGGAGAAAUGAUUCGACUUUUCAGAAAAGUAUGGAUGUGGAAUAAAAAAAACAAAAAGAGAACCUCACUGGAUCGUGGUCAGCGCUGCAAAGUUAGAAUUUAACUGAAAAUAAGUUUGAAUUUAACAUUCAAAGAAGAAAGCCAUGUGUGUUUUUAGCCUUGCUGCCUCUUGUCCAAAAUAUAUUACUGCACUUUUUAUUCACUUAAUGUCGCAAGAUUGCAUUCCUAACCAAAAGCAUAAUGUAUUUUUGUUGUUGUUGUUUGUUCCAAACAAAAUGCAAAGCUACAAAUGGUCUUAUGUUUCAUUUAGAAACAUUUACAAUGUUUGAGUUUAAUUAAACAUUUUGUUUUGCUUGAGUUUACUUGCAGAAAGGGUCACUUCACCCAGGGCACACAAAUGCAUUUCCAAAGCGGUCACUGCAACACUAGAUAUUUGUUUUAAUUUAUUCAAGGUUUAAUAUCUCUUGAAACAUUUAGGUUUUAUCUGCUGUUUCACACUUUGCCAGACCAGAAGCACUCAGAAGUAACUGAAUCAUUAUAUGUUGUUUUUGUGAUGUGAUUGAAGUGACCCAUAGAAUGAUAAUGUUCUAAAUGUACAGCCUCAGCACGUGUUUAAAACACAAGAAUUUAUUUGGACUUUUCCCCAUUAAGUCCAAGUAGAUUUUAUAAGAACUUGUAAGGCAGUUAUUGUUCUUGUGACACGGCACAUGAAUUAUGUAAGCAGUUAAAUGGGGAAAUGCCACCCGAAAAAUUGUGUAUUAAUCUGCUGUAAUUUGUAAAGCAAAACUUUUUUAUGCAUGUUGACUUUUUUUUUUCUUUUAAAAUCAGUAGUCUAAAAACUGAGGGAAUGACUGUUUUUUUUUUCUUUGAAGUUAUCCUCCUCUAUUUGUUUCCACUUUCCCUUUUGAUCCAGACACUGUACCGUAAAGACAAAUUAAGAUCAUGUGUUGACAUCUCACGACAUUUCUGAGUUCAAUUUAAAGCUUCAAACACUGAAGCAAAAUCACUAUAAUAGCCCUGUUUUACAUUUAUUGUCCACUUGAUGGCAUAGUGGAGCAAAUGAAGCAUCAUGAAGCUUUGGCUCCUGAGUGGACCAAUUGGAAAGAAAGUUUCAGUGCUUCAAAGCCUUAUCUUGCUGUCACUAGUGGACUGGUAUAUGUUGCAGAGGUGAGGAGUUCAAAUAGGAUUCUAGAUGGUAGGUGAUCAAAUAUGUAUUUCAUGCAAUAAAAUGCCAAUUAUUUAAAA